UCCCCUAAUUUUGCGAAGGUGAAGAAAAUCUGAAAUUUUGACUUUUUCUAGAACCCUGGGUUAGGGCAACGAGACGACGGUGACGGCCUGAAGGAAGAAGCGAAUGACGGGAGAAGAGGUUGCUGGUCCGGCGGGCCCUAAGGUUCUACGUCUGCUCUAUUUCGCCGGUGCUGGAUUUGUUUUCACAAUUGCGAUGAACAAGUGGCGGGAGAUCGAGCGCAAAUCUCUGUUGCAACAACAGCAGAAGCAGAGAUUGGAUCAUCAAUUCGCGGAAUCUCCUAAUGAUGCGGUACAGAAAGUCGUUAAGUGAACUUAGGGGACGUUGCGAUUGCGAGCAUGACCGUGACACAUGGCAGGGCUGAUGAUCAAGGAUCUUAAGAUGCUUCUGGUUCCAGCUCAACAGUUAAGUCUGCUAUUUUCAACAAGAUUUCUUGUUCUUGAUAAAAGUAUGCUAGGAUUAUCUAUGCUUUUUAACUGUGACGCUGGGUAGAUUUGAGCCAUUACCAAACAAAUGAUGCGUCUUUUAGUAGUACUAUGUCUUCCUUCAUCCUGGAUCAAGCCAUCUCUCUGUUUCUAAUCUCCACUAUAUGUACAAGUCCAUUAUGGUCUGAAGGAAACAGCAUUUUUAAAACUAGUACUGUCAUAGGGUAACUAAAGUAAAUUUCUCCUUUUCUACCUGUUGGUCAAUUCUGAAGUUCAAUUCUGAUUA